AUGCCGGGCCGCCCCAACCCGCCACCGUUGCCUGCUUGUGGUUACGUGGUCAAUGCAACCAAGAAAGGCGGCCUGCCCAUCAAAGUGGAGUCGCGAGCCAAGGGCAAGAAGGUGACGAUCAUCUCCGGUGUUCAAGGUGAUGCACAGUCUCUCGUAUCGGCGCUUGGCAGCUUACUGGGCUGCGGCGGAAGUGUUUGCCAUGCAGCGGGCCAAACGCAGGUGCUGGUCCAAGGUGACCAGACCGAACGCAUCGGCGGUUCCUUGGAGCAGCUUGGGUGCCUCCGGGGAAUGGCAAAGGCACUUCAGAAGAAGAAGUCUGUCGAGGUCACAGCCACGCGCUUGUGUGCCUAUGACAAGUUCCUCCGACAAGGAGAUGACAAGCAAAGCUUGGCCCAGAAACUGCAGCAGGAAGCACAUGCCCCUCAGACCCUUCCCGGUGCAGAGUGUUUCCGGUGGCAUGGUCCCUGGGUCUACUGCCGCGGCUGCUGCGAGCAAACAGAUUUGAGCGAUGUGUGGGAGGAGCGUUUGGAUGGCACGAUGGCGAUGGAAUCUCUCGACAGCAUGCACGCCCUCGACAUGCCCGUGGUUUGGACGACGGCGGCUGGGCUUGACGCCGUUCUUCGCAAGCUGGGCAUGGUGGCCGAAGUUGGGGAGGCUGCGCAGACUUGGGGCUUGCGGUCCUCCAAUGCCAGCGAAGCAUGGAAAGGCCUCACGCUGGCAGAGUACCGGCGCAAGGCCGUGGCUCCAGGGGCCAGACUGCUGGAAUACCCGGCUCCUUCUGGCAGGGCCAAGCCGUCAGGGGCUCCCAGUGUGCGGGCACAAAGAGCAGGCGAGAAACUACGACUGCGACCGGCAAGGCCGAUGAAGCCUCCGCAGGAGCAGGGCCGCUUUGCCUGCCCGACAUGUGGCCACAACUUUAGCCUGCGCUUGACUCUGAAGCAGCACAUGAUGUUGUCCCAUGGCGAGAAAUUGGUGGGCCCGGUCCCGAACCUCUUGAACGUCAAGGAGCCGCCAGCCCGACCCAGGGUGCCAGCGCCUCCUCGACCGCAAAUCCUGCCAAAGCCACCAGCAAAGAAGUCGCAGUCAGUGAAGGGCCAGGGCCCACCCCAAGCCGUGCAAGACAGCCAGAGAGCCAUGGAUUUGACACCAUCUGAGCAAAGUCAGCUGGAGGAGCUCGAAUCGCACAGAGAGUGCCCCAUAUGCAAGAACUAUGUUGUGGGCGAGCCUUUGCAUGAGCACGUGGACAAGUGCUUGUCCGCUCUGCAGGCUGUUGCCGGAUCAUAUGCCUGGACAGAGUGUCCCAUUUGCUUUGAGCGAGUGCACCCAGACCUCCUCCAGUCGCACGUGGAGCGCUGCCUUACGGCCGAAGAGCCUUCCGACACGGACAGUGAGUCCCAAAACAGCGGCGCAGAGAACGAUGCAGAGAAGCAAGAUAUCUGGAACACCUGCCCUCUCUGUGAAGAGAGCUUCCACCAGGACGUGAUUGCCGCCCACGUCGAGAGCUGCAUCGCUGCCUACCAGGCAGCCGAGGACCAGGAGCGCGGCGAGAGCGAGGAAGGCUCACCGCCCAUGGGCGAAGACCCGGAAGCCUUCCGCGCUCAUGAAGAGCCUCUGCUGCUGAGAGGUCUGCCGGUCUGCAGCGUGGUACGUGGCUACGACCCGCGAGGGGAGCACCAGAUGGAGAUGGUAGCAGGGGAAGAGUUCGCACUUGACUGGGAGCAGCCAUUCGAGGAGGGCGGAUACUGGGCCUGGGGCUGGCGCCUUUUCCAUGGAGAUGAUGGCUACACGCCACUGGAAUGCGGAUAUGUUCCGCUGUCGCACAUCAAGACCAAGUUUGGCAUCAAGCAGCCCAUGCUUGCGGCUUCGCCGAAGGUGAGCCCGGCUGUGGAGAGCGCGUCCCCACAGCCCUUGGCCGCAAGGUGCGACGUGGAAGUCGGCCUGGCUUGCGAAG